GGGGCGGAAGAAGUAUAUUCGGCUUCUCAGUUGACCCCAGGCCCAAAACGGAACAGCGUCCACGCCGGGGGAUAAACCGCAUGUGCCAUGAAAUAACUGAGAAGGACUCACGAAACCACAAAAACAACGAUAUAACCCUUGCAAGAACAAAGAAAGAUAUACGCCGAGUGUUUUUGUUUCCCGAUAUCAAUUAAGGUUGGGGGUGGUAAGUUCCGUCACACCUUGUGAAAGCAAAAAAACAAAAAAAAAAAAACCACCGCGGUUGCCAAAAUUGUGAAACAUUUUCUACUAGAAGAAACCUGUUAACUGCGAAUCUGUACGUUUUCAUCUGAAGGAACAAGGAUUGAAAAUGAAUAUCGCAUCCACCUGACAGUUGCGGGUAAAUCAGUCAUCGCCGUCCGGGGUGGAGGAGGGGUGAAGAAUGAGGAAUUCCGAGGAGAUCGGGACGGAGUUGGGCCCGGUGAACGGCGGCAUCCGGGUUGUCGUCCACUCCGAAGAACAGGGAGAUGUCCCGGAGAGGGCGUCCUGGGACAACAAGGUCCAAUUUAUGCUCAGCAUCAUCGGGUAUUCCGUCGGCCUGGGGAAUAUCUGGAGGUUUCCGUAUCUCUGCCAGCAAAAUGGAGGAGGUGCGUUCCUUAUUCCGUUUGCGAUUAUGCUUAUCCUCGAAGGCAUUCCGUUAUUCUUGAUUGAGCUCGGGAUUGGGCAGAAGAUGCGUUUGGGCGCCCUCGGAGCGUGGAACACGAUCCACCCUUGGCUAGGAGGCUUGGGCGUCGCUUCCUGCACGGUCACUUUCUUCGUCGCCCUCUAUUAUAACGUCAUCAUCACUUGGUGCUUCUAUUACCUCUUCAAUUCUUUCAGAAGUCCCCUCCCUUGGGCAGAAUGCCCAAUGUUAAACGAAACGACCGUCGUCCCCGAGUGUGAGAAAUCGUCGGAGACCGCCUAUUUCUGGUACAGGACGACCCUCGACGUCUCCCCGAGCAUGGACGAUUUCGGUGGUAUGAAAUGGUGGAUCGUCCUCUGUCUACUGCUCGCUUGGAUCGUCGUAUUUUUUAUUGUCAUGAAGGGCAUCCAAUCGUCUGGAAAGGUGGUUUACUUUACUUCAAUGUUUCCGUACAUCGUGUUGACCAUAUUCUUCAUUAGAGGUAUAACACUGAAAGGGGCCGGAGCAGGGCUGAUGCACAUGUACACGCCGAAGGUGGAAAAGCUGUUGAAUCCGAACGUUUGGCUUGACGCGGCAACUCAGGUCUUUUAUUCUUUCGGUCUGGCGUUCGGUUCGCUCAUCGCCUUCGGGAGCUACAACCCGCCGAAGAACAACUGCGUCCGGGACGUGAUCCUCGUCUCCAUCUGCAACGCCCUCACCGCCAUUUACGCCAGUCUCGUCGUUUUCGCGAUUCUCGGAUUCAAGGCGAUGCUGAACUACGAUAAAUGUCUUCUGCACAACAAAAAUCACAUCAUGGAGUUGAAGAAUCAAGGAAAAAUCAUACCCAUUGAGAUUAUCGAUCAAGUCAACAACAUGGAGCCACCGAAUUCGACCGCGUACGAUUUGGAAAUGUGCAGCUUGGCCAAACAGCUAGAUCAGGCGGCAGAAGGUACAGGGUUGGCGUUCAUAGUAUUCACCCAAGCUAUCGUCGAACUCCCUGGAGCACCUUUCUGGGCCAUCAUAUUCUUCCUGAUGCUACUCAGUCUCGGGAUCGGUUCGCAGAUCGGCAUUCUAGAGGGUAUGCUCUGCACAAUAUUCGACAUCGAUAUAUUCAAGAGGAUAAGGAAACCUUAUCUUACGGGUUUCGUCUGUCUCAUUUGCUUCAUCGUCGGAUUGAUUUUCACGACCGGUGCUGGCGAAUAUUGGCUUAAACUUUUCGACUCUUUCGCCGGGACAAUCGGCCUCGUGGUCAUCGCUCUUUUGGAAAUGAUCGCUGUCAUAUUCAUUUACGGACACGAGAAGUUCACACAGGACAUCGAAGACAUGACCGGGUACAGGCCGGGGAUUUACUGGCAGGUGACUUGGCGUUUCCUCGCUCCCGUGAUUAUGACGUGCAUCCUCAUCUCUUCAAUCGCCUUCCGAAUAAUAAAAAAAUCAACUUACAUGGCCUGGGAUAAGAACAAGGGUGAAACUGUUGAACUGGAAUAUCCAGGAUGGGUGAUGGCCAUUGCUCUGUGCAUCGUGUUGGCCUCGAUUCUCCCGAUCAUCUGCGUCUUUCUACUCAGGCGAUUCCAGUUCUUGAAGCUCGACGUGGACAUCCACCAGGGAGCGAUCAGGAGGAUAGACACGACCGUCUCUACUAGGGAAAUGAUGGCAGAUGUCGACAUGGACGAGUACGACUCCGAAGGGGACGAGGACGAGGAGGAGGACAUGAACCGUUUAGGGCCCAACGCGAAGGGCAAGACCUUUAAAAUGGAGGUGAUGGACUUUUAGCAGAAGGCCCGGGGUCCUGUGCAGCUGUAAAGAAGAGCCAGUCGGCUCGCACGUCAUUUUAACGGCACAAGACAUUGUAAAAGACCCCUUUACAUAACGAAAAAUUAAAACGACUAGCUCCUCCGUCGGGGCGCCUCGGGGAAUUCGUAAGGAAAACCUUACCACCCGAAUCAAGACAAUACUAGUAUGGAUAUUAAGUGGAGAUUAUUUGCUUUUUUUUAGAUGUGUAAAAAACGAGUUAUCCACCUCCGGACGGUCCCGGCUUUUCAGGUCGAAAAUUACCUGUAUAUAAUAAAAAUGAUUUAAAAAUAAGAGAAAAAAAGCUCUUUCCAAAAUUAACGUUAUACGAGUUACAGCAAAACAAAAAUUAAAAAUUAAAAUAUGAGUGGGUUAAACCGUAGAUUUUAGUUUUAGAAGAAAAAAAAUUAAGAAUGUUAAAUCGAUUAGGCAAAACCUAAAGGAAUCACAUAGCAUUUAAUAUAUGUUAUACGUAAAUGUAAAAUAAAUCACAUAGUUAGGAAAUAUGUUAUUUUUGGAAAGAGGCGAAUUUUAUUUCUAAUUAUUAUGGUAUUUUAUAAAUUAUGA